AUGUCCACCUACCUCGUCACCGGCUCCUCGCGCGGUCUGGGCUUCAACAUCGUGAACCACCUCGCCUCGCGGCCCGCCUCGCAAGUAGGGACUAUCUUCGCCACGUCGCGGCAGAAUAACAGCGCCCAGCUACAGGAGCUGGUGGAGCGGGAGAAAGGCCGGGUCGUGUUUGUGCAAUUAGAUGCGGCGAGGAAGGAGAGUGUUUCUCAGGCCGUGAGGGAGGUGGAGAUGUUUUUGGAGUCCGAGCAGCAGACACAAGGCAAGGGGAAGGGACUAGAUGUGGUGAUUAACAAUGCGGGAAUCAUGCCCUCCACCAGGGGUGGGAUUGCGAAUAUGGACGAUCUCAACGAGACGUUCAACACGAACGUGACGAGCGCGCAUAUGGUGACGAGUGCGUUCCUACCCUUGCUGAGGAAGGGAGAGAGGAGAGUCAUUGCGAAUAUCUCCACAACCGUGGGCUCCAUCGCGCAAGCCCCAAAAUAUAAAAUGAGCCCGACGCCCGCGUACAAGAUCACCAAGGCGGCGCUGAAUAUGCUCACGGUGCAGUAUGCGCAGGAGCUGGAGAAGGAGGGAUUCACGGUGUUGGCGAUUAGUCCGGGGUGGCUCAAAACUGAAAUGGCAGGCGGCGACUUUGCGGACUUGCCUGUGUCUACCGGGGCCGAGGCGACGAUGCACAUCAUCGACUCGGCGACGCGGGAGAUGAAUGGCAAGUUCUUGAAUAUCAAGGUGCCCGGGUGGGAGGAGAAUCCGGGGGUGAAUCGGUACGAUGGGAAGGAGGUUCCGUGGUAG